UUGCCUUGUUUUGAACGCGUCUCUCUCUUUCCAUCAGAAAGUUCAGCUGCUGCUCCUCAUGGCGCUGUUGGCGCACCUGGCGAGGGACGCUGAAGGCAUUGCCACCUGCUGCUCGCGCGGCUCGAAAUCCUGCAGACUGUAUAAGCUGCUGUGCAGCGUGGAACGUAGGAACGACAUUUCCAUCGUGGGCCACAUCGGACGAUUAAAUAACGACGCCGCCGCUGGGAUUCUCACACUUGGCAAACGCAAGGUGGACGAGCGACGCGUCCAAGAUAGCCUGCAACAACUCCUGCAAGGUUCCAAGCCGCGGAAAUCCUGACUAUGGGAAAGAGAUUCGAGAACAACGGACACCGGCCGCUUGUGUACACGGGAGGAACCGUAAGCGCGCCUGUGAGUAUCGGCUUUGAGCAUUCGAUGAUGCCCAUUGUACCUGCGGAGACAGUGGA